AUGCAUUCUGGCGAGAAGCCAUUCCAAUGCGACUUUUGUAAGAAGAGAUUCACUCAAAAGAGUGUUUUAAUUAAGCACCAAAGAAUACACACUGGAGAGAUGCCUUAUACCUGCGAUAUUUGUGACAAAAAAUUCGCCAGACGCUUCACUCUACUAAACCAUAAGAAAGUUCACAGCACAGUCAAACCGUACUCCUGCCAAUAUUGCCCUAAAACCUUUACUCAGCGUAGCGCUAUGAUGAUCCAUGAAAGAAAUCACACUGGAGAAAAACCUUUUUCCUGUAAUAUUUGCCAUAAACAAUUUACGAGCAACAGCACUUUGACAAAUCAUAAUAAAAUUCAUAAUGGCAUCAAACCGUUUUUGUGUGAGAUUUGUAAUAAGCAAUUUACUACUAGUAGUAAUCUCUAUAGCCAUAUGAGAAUACACAGAGGUGAUAAGAGGCAUACCUGUGAAGUGUGCCAGAAGAAAUUUUACACUAAUAGCAGUUUGACGAAGCAUAAGCGGGUUCAUACUGAUAAGGUAUGUAAAGUGGAAGUAAUACCAGAAGACCCGAGCAAACCAUUCGCCUGCAAUAUAUGCCGGCGGCGCUUCGCUAACGUUUACCUGUUGGAGCGACACGCGCGCGGUCACAGUGGAGAGAAACCGUACGAGUGCGACGAGUGUCAUAAGAGGUUCGCGCUCAGCGGUGACUUGAACAGGCAUCGGCGGUCGCACAGCGGCGAGAAGCGCUACUCCUGCGACAUAUGCAACAAGCAGUUCACCAGGAGCGGCACGCUGAAGCACCAUCAGAGGUUACAUGAAGCAUCCGCUGGACCCACGUGAACUACACUGGGGAUCCCAAACUGCGCCGUAGACAGUAAAGAGGGACGCCGUCAGGCAAUCCUCUUCACCGUGUUAUCCCCAUAUAACAAAAAAAAAUGAAAUGUAUCAAGCAGGGAUCGGAACCGGUUUUUUGGAAAAACUUUGAAAUAAACAUAUAUUUCGGUUUAUUUUAUACUCUAAAUAUAGGACUCGGUUGUGUUUUUAGAUAACGACUUCGUAUUAUUAGAUUGCCCAAUUAGAAAGGAAAUAAUUAACAAAGAACGAAAAAAUACCCCUUUCGUUCCCAUACAAAAAAUAUUGGUUUCCGAUCCCUGGCCUCAAGGGCCAUUUCACAAGCCAAUACAAUAUUUAGAGUUACGUCAUAUAGUGACAUGAAAACAUAACAACAUUUAUAAAUUUGGAGACCGAUCUGGCCUAGUGGGUAGUGACCCUGCCUACGAAGCUGAUGGUCCCGUGUUCAAAUCUUGGUAAGGGCAUUUAUUCGUGUGAUGAGCAUGGAUAUUUGUUCCUGAGUCAUGGGUGUUUUCUAUGUAUUUAAGUAUUUAUAAAUAUUUAUAUAUUAUAUAUAUCGUUGUCUAAGUACCCUCAACACAAGCCUUAUUGAGCUUACUGUGGGACUUAGUCAAUUUGUGUAAUAAUGUCAUAUAAUAUUUAUUUAUUAAAUACAACUGCCAAUACCUGGGUAUACAUGGGUUACAUUAUAAUAAUCUUAAAAUAAAUAAAUAAAUAGGUGCUAUUCUUUUUUUAGCAAUAGAAAAAGGGUAAACAAUCAAUAACAAGGGUAAAUAAUGCUUUUAAAAGAUUGUUCCUAGUACUUAUGAAACCAAAAGAAUCGCCUUUGUACUGCACAAUUAUGUUCUAUGUAAUGUAAUCAAUAUUUCUUUUUUCUGGUACAAUAAAGUGUUUGCUUAUUUACCAAAGGAAUGUAAAUUAACAUAUAUGUAUGCUAUAUAAUUGUUACAUAUUUGCUGUGCCUUAUUUUUCUUAGGUGUUUUCCAAUAAAAAGACAUGCCAAAAUUGAUGCUGCAUGUAAUUAAAUUGUUUGUUUGUAAUUUAAUUACAUGAGAAGUCGGAUCAAUUACAUACAAUUUAAUUUGCUAUAUAAUUUGUUAUUGCAAUUACAUUUAUUGGUAAUUAAGUUACUCAAUCACUUUAUGUAUUUUUUUUAAAUUUACCAAGAUGAACUUGGCUUGGAGUGUAUAUAAAAAAAAACUCUUAUUAUUAUUUUACUAUACAUGUUACACUAGUGUCUGUCCGCGACAUUGAGUAUGUCCAUCUUUGCACCUUAAACCAUCUCCAUACCAAACGCCAUCUAAAUCGGUUCAGCGGUUUAAGCGUGAAGAAGGAACAGACAAACAGAAUUAUUUUCGAAUUUAUAAUAUUAGUAGGGAUUUAUAAAAUUUGUUUAUACAUAUUAAUGUUAUUUGUGUAUAUGAAUCUGUAAAUAAAAUGAAGGUACAAGAAAGAAUAAGGAUACCGGAUCAUUAA